AUGCAACAAAGAGAAAAGGAGACAUUCCGUGAAUACGCGCAAAGGUGGCGCGAAAUUGCAGCACAGGUUGUUCCACCUAUGGAAGAAAAGGAGAUGACGAAAGUGUUCUUAAAGACUCUUGAUACUUUUUAUUACGAGAGGAUGAUUGCAAGCGCUCCUACAGACUUUACUGACAUGGUAAACAUGGGAGUCCGUUUAGAGGAAGCAGUUCGAGAAGGGCGUCUAGUCAGAGAAGGAAGUUCAUCUUCAAGCGGGGCAAAGAGGUACGGCGGUUUUAUGAAAAAGAAGGAACAAGAAACUAAUGCUGUGUCCUAUAAUCAUCCAAGAAGGAUCAAUUAUCCUUACCAUUCCCAACACCAACAUAUAGCAGCCGUGACUCCAGUAAUCACUUCCGCUCCAGUUCAAGUCCAAUACCCUCAGCAGCGUACCAACCGCUUCCAACAGAACACUCAGUAUCAGCAACAACAUCAAUCUCAACAACAUCAACAUCAGUUACAACAACGUCCACCACAGCAGCAAAGAAGAACCAGUUUUGAUCCAAUUCCAAUGUCAUAUGCGGAAUUGUAUCCAGCUUUGAUCACUAAAAACCUUGUGCAACCACGACCACGACCUCUUGUACCAGAAGUGCUACCUUGGUGGUACAAGCCAGAGGUAUCUUGUCCCUUUCAUCAGAAUGCUCCAGGUCAUGACUUAGACAACUGUUUUGCUUUAAAGUUGGAAGUACAGAAGUUGACAAGAGCAGGUAUCCUGACCUUCAAGAACAUGGGUCCCAAUGUGAAGGACAAUCCAAUGCCAAGUCAUGGUCCUUCAUCAGUGAACAAUAUAGAAGUUUUUCUCAAUGAACAACGUGUUACGAAGAUAGAGGAGAUUCGGCGGUCUUUGGUUGAAAUUCAUUCUGUUUUAUGUGCUCAUGGUCUAUUCCAACAUGACCACCAGAUCUGUGGUACAUGUUCAGUCAAUUCAAGAGGUUGUAGAAAGAUUCAAGAUGAUUUGCAAGGCGUCCUUGAUCAGGGUUUGAUUCAGAUUUCUAGACAAGUGAGUUCUCCAGAAUCACAAGAACAAGAGGUGAAUGUCAUCAUUCCUUGCUUCAACAUUCCAGAGAAAGUAGAGAUAGCUUAUCAUCCGAGGGAGCCAGUGGUGAUUUUCCCUCCGGGCCCAAUGCCUUACACUUCAGAUAAAGCGGUCCCCUACCGCUAUGCAGCAACUAUUAUUGAGAACGGUAAAGAGGUCGAGAUUAAAACCUUAGCCUCAGUUACCAAUAUCGCAGCAAAUAGCCGAAUGACGCGCAGUGGCCGCGUGUUUGCUCCACCGGUUAUCCCAAGUAGAAAUGUUGAGAAAGAUCCAGUAGUCGUGGUACCAGUGACAAGAGAAGCAGAAGGGCAAACAAGCAAUUCAACCCUUGAUAAAGAAACAGAUGAACUACUUAGAAUUAUCAAGCUCAGUGACUACAAAGUGGUAGAUCAGUUGCUACAGACACCGUCAAAAAUCUCGAUCCUGUCCUUAUUAUUGAAUUCAGCUGUCCACAGAGAAGCACUACUGAAGGUGCUUGAUCAAGCCUAUGUAGAACAGGAUAUAACAGCAGAGCAGUUCAACAAUGUUGUAGGCAGCAUCACUUCGUGCAAUGGCUUAGGCUUUUGUGAUGAAGAACUGCCAGAAGAAGGAAAGAAUCACAACUUCGCUCUCCAUAUCUCAGCCAAUUGUCAAGGGGAUUCUUUGUCUAAUAUCCUAAUUGACACCGGUUCAUCUCUGAAUGUCAUGCCCAAGUCUACCUUGGUGAAGCUAAAGUACAAAGGGGGGAAAAUGCGGCACAGUGGAAUUAUUGUGAAAGCGUUCGAUGGAUCAAGAAAAUCAGUCAUUGGAGAAGUUGAUUUGCCUAUUGGUAUUGGACCACAUGUAUUCCAGAUCACUUUCCAGGUUAUGGAUAUAGUGCCAGCUUAUAGCUGUCUGCUCGGACGCCCAUGGAUUCAUGAGGCGGGUGCCAUUACAUCCACGUUACACCAGAAGUUAAAAAUUUCAAGAAUGGGCAAAUAG